AUGGCUCUGUCCCUGGCCGGCGAGUGGGCCCCCGGAGACGGCGGAGAUUCUCUCGGGAUGAGCCCCGCCAGCCUCGCUGCCUACCACCCCUCCUUCCCCCCUCCUGCCGCCCAGUACUUCGAGGAGGCCCCCGACUUCUUCCAGCCCUUGAAAUCCCUGGGCGGGUUUGUCCCCCCCGCCUCCCCGCCUCUGCCCCCCUUCAGCUACAGCAGGGUCCCCGCUUUCCUGAGCCACCCGCUCCCCCUGCCCGCCGAGCCUUUCUCCGGCCUCCCCCUGCCCCUCUACGCCAAGCCGCCGACCCCCUUCUCCCCCAGGCCCACGGGCUCGCCCACGGCGCCCUGCCCCAGCCCCCCCCGCAGGGCUGCCCGCAGCCCGGGGGCCGGCGGGCCGGCGGGGCAGAGCUACCGGUACCACUUCACCGAGGAGGAGCUGAACGCGGUGCUGUACGGGCCGCUGCGGGGCAGCCAGCCGGCCGGCAGCCUCCACGCCAUCCCGCCCGCCAGCCCGGGUAAGGGGGCGCCCGGUGUGUGCGCAAGGGGCUGCCGGCUUGGGGGGGGGCACCGGGGGGCACGGUCGGGUUUGGGGUGUGCGGGUGGGGUUUGGGGACGGUCCUCCAAGAGGGGCGGUGGCAGCCAGGCUUCCCCGGGCAUCGCCGGGGCCACCUCGGGUUUCCCCUUCCCCGCUGUUUAUCUCUUGCGUUACGAACCCACAGCUUUUGCCCCGCUGCACCGGCACGGCCGGCGCCGGGCUGAGGAAGAUGGGGGGGGGGUGUGGGGUGUGUGUGUGUGUCCUUCUUCUGCAGGUGCCGCGGACUCCUCCGCCCCGCUGCUCGACAGGGACUCGCUGCAGCUGCCCGAAGGGCUCUCGGUGCUGCGGAUGGCGUACGGGGACGUGUCUCGGCUCGGGGUCAUCUGCACGGAGCCCAUCCCCAAAGGAGUCCGCUUCGGCCCUUUCCAAGGCAGAGUGGUCAACACCAGCGAGAUCAAGACUUACGACGACAACUCGCUGAUGUGGGAGAUCUUCGAAUACGGCCGCCUGAGCCACUUCAUAGACGGGAAGGGCGCCUCUGGCAACUGGAUGUCUCUGGUGAACUGCGCCAGGUUCCCCGAGGAGCAGAAUUUGACGGCUAUCCAGUGCCAGGGGCAAAUCUUCUACGAGAGCUGCAAGGAAAUCUUACCCACGCAGGAGCUGCUGGUGUGGUACGGCGAUUGCUACGUGAAGUUCCUGGGCAUCCCCAUCAGCCUGAAGGGCAUGCCGGAGGGGAAGAGACCCCCGCAGCACCCCGAAGAAGCCGGGGAGAGCUUCAAGUGUGAGCGCUGCGGCAAGGUUUUUGCCUACAAGUACUACCGGGACAAGCACCUCAAGUACACUCGCUGCGUGGACCAGGGGGACCGCAAAUUUCCUUGUCACCUUUGCAGCCGAUCCUUUGAAAAAAGAGACAGGCUGAGGAUCCAUGUUCUCCACGUUCACGAAAAGCACAGACCUCACAAGUGCUCAGUGUGUGGGAAGAGCUUUUCUCAGUCCUCCAGCCUGAACAAACACAUGAGGGUUCACUCUGGGGAGCGCCCCUACAAAUGUGUCUACUGCAACAAGGCAUUCACAGCGUCCAGCAUCCUGCGCACUCACAUCCGCCAGCAUUCGGGGGAGAAGCCCUUCAAGUGCAAGCACUGCGGCAAAACCUUCGCCUCACACGCUGCCCACGACAGCCACGUGCGCCGCACGCACAGCAAGAAGGGCUGCACUUGCUCGGUGUGUGGCCAGCACUUCCCAGAGCAGGAGGCUUACCACUUCCACAUGAAGAUUCACGCUGCUCAUUAG